AUGGGGAAAUCAUCGACCUUUACUGAAACGACGGCCACACACAAUUGUGUGGAGAAGAAGAAGAGACGUCGUCUUCAUCCCGUCCGCCGCAUUGCGAGAUUGUUGCUUGGUGGCUCGAAGUCGAAGAGGGAAGGGAGAGAUACAACAUCGGCAGAUGGUGACAAUCACGAAACAGAGGGCAAGACUUGUUAUGGUGCCUCGCGAUGGCAAAAUGUCCUCCCGUUCCUCGAGCCACUCAUUGCGCUCGAUCCAAAGCUCUCUUUCAUCGAAGACCGCAUCCUCAAGCGGCCAACACCAACAACGAGCGAGAAAGUCCGACAACAACAACAUAAACCAGAGCCACCCCGCACACUCCGUCAUCUCCAACAAAGAGUCCAAGACGAAGAUGUAUUCUGCAAUUGCGACGAAUGCGCGCCGAAAUACUACAAAAUCAGCACCACAGCCUCCCACGGCACAAUUCGCGACCUCCCACCACAAGACUCCCAAUCCACCACAUCCACCAAGAAAACAAGAAGUUUCCAAACACCACUCCAACUAAAAACCCCCACACCAAUCCUCCCUACCCUAACCCUCCGCUUCCACGGCGGCACCUACGAAGCCAUGACCCUAGUCCGACACCACAUCGCCUGGCUCGACGCAACCUACCUGCACCCAUCCGCCUCGCCCACCGUAGCCGUCAAGAAACUGCGCACCUUACUAACAGCCUGGCACCCGCACCUCAGCAGCGCAAACCUCCGGCACACACUCUCCACGCACCAAUUAGCGACGCUAUUCUCGCACCUCAACGCCGUCUUCUUUGCAGGCUGCGUACCGCCGCAUAACAAGACGCUGAGCGCGGGCUUCAGCUAUUUGAGUGAAGCGUCGGCGGCGGCGGUAUCGUCACGCCUCUCAACCCUUCUCCACGAAAUGUCCCACGCUUACCUCCAAGCCUACACCUGCGCCGCCUGUCCCACACACGCCUCCUCCAUCGGGCCCCUCGGCCACGGCCGCGCGUGGCAGCUGCUAGCCGCGAAAAUCGAACACGUGGCUUCUGUUCUCCUGGGUACGGGCAUGGAUCUCGGGCGCUUGCCGGCGUUGUUGCGCGAUGUGGGUGCUGGCGCGGCGUUGCCGAGUUGGCAUGAUUUGGGGGUUUGGGGGAUGCUUGCGGGGGAGAAGGAGAAGGAGAGGAGGGAGUUGGGAAGAGAGGAUAGUGGGGUUGGUGGAUUGGUUGGACUGGGUGGGGAGAGGGUGGUUAGGAGUAGAGGGGGGGUAGGCAGUAGGGGGAAGAGUAGGGCGGGGAGUAGUAAGAGUGGGGAUGGGAGGUUGUGGUGGUUGAUGGAUGAGAAGGCCGAGGGGAGUGAGAUUGCGAGGAGGAGUGUGAGGUUGGUUUUUGAUAACGAGGAUGGGUGA